CUAGUCUUGUCGCCAGUCGUCUUUGCUUUGCCCGAAGACCGGCUUCGCGCCGACGACCGCCGCUCGCGGCUAAGCACAAUUUAUGCUCCUCCAUUCUUCGCUUGGCGAGCUUCCUGUGCACGCAUUUGCCAUAACCAGUACAAGAAGCUCCACGGUUAGAGUAUGCCUCCAUUUAUCACCUUUGAACCGCUUUGUCAUCCGUUUGUCCCCAUGGGCAUGCCACCCAAGGCGUGUUAGCAUCUUAUACCGUGGUCGCCUGCUAGCGAGGCUCGAGGGUAGGAAUAGCAGUACCUGAGUGCGAGCGGUGAUGGCCGCAAGUCCUCCGCAGCAGCAUUGAGGAUGCAGCCCACAGCGCCCUCUGCGGUAGCUGCCAGCACCGUGAACGGACACGACCGGGACGGCCGGACAGGCCAACCGGCAGCGGCGUUGGUGCCCGAGGCGCCACACGCUGCCAUACCUGGGACGUGGGCGGGCGCCAUGGCGCCGCCGGCGGCAUCAGGUGUGGCUUCGGAGUGGCGGGCAGAACAGGAGGCGGAGGCGGGCGCGCCAGCGGUAACGAAGGACGUGCCGCCGUGCGAUGCCGAGGCAGCAGUGCACACGGAAGGGUUGGAGCUGGAGUUGGGGUUAGGGUCGGAGGAGGCUGUAGACGCUGCGGAAGCUGCAGCUGCUGCGGAAGCUGUGGAAACGGUUGUGGAUGCAAAUGCGGACGCGGUCGCAAGCGCGGACGCGGAGGCGGAGGCGGAGGUGGAGGUGGAGGCAAUCAACGUUUUUGCAGCGGCGGCAGCGGCGGUGGAGGCGGCCGAGCUGCGUGUGCAGCUGAACGAAGCCUUGGCGGCGCUGGCGGCGCGAGACGCCGAGCUAGCACAGCGCAACGCGGCGCUGACGGCGGCGCAGGCGGCAGCGGCGGCGGCGCGCGCGGAGGCGGCGGGCCUGCGGGUGCAGCUGGAAAGCGUCCGGUCACACCUGCUGGGCGUGAGGUCACACCUGGCGGGGGCGCUGCAGGCGGCACAGCCGUCGCCCUCGCCCACAACAUCUUCUGGGGCCGCGGCCGCGGCAGCGGCCGGUGCUGCAGCUGCGGCUGCUGCAGCAGGGCUGUCACAGGCGGGGCUGCAGGCCUCCGCACUGUGGCAGUCGCUGCCGCGAGCAGCGGGGGCUGCGAUGCAGGGUGCGAUGGCCGUCGCAGAGGCGGCGCAAGCGGGGCAGCAGGGAUCGGCAGCGGCAACAGCAGCGGCGCGAGACGCAGCGGCUGAAACAGCAGCAGAAGCGGAAGCCGCGGCAGCUACCCAUGCAGGCGCCUGCGAACGGCUGUCGUCCGUGGACAUGGAAGGGGAGGAGGCGGGCCAGCCGGAGGUGGAGGGGCGGGUGCCCAAGCAGGAUGAGGAGGAGGGCGUCACGGCGGCACAGGCGCUCCUGACACUGGGUUGGGUGCCAACGGCGGAGGCGGCUGCCGGCAGCGGCGGAGGCGUGACUGAUGCAGCGACGGGGGCAGCGGCGAGUGCGGCAGGGGCGGCGGCAGGGGCGGGCGGGCAGGCGGGGCAGUUCAAGCACCAGUCUCACCAGGCACAGCAGCAGACCCAGCUGCGGCUUGCGCAGGCACACAUGCAGACGCAGACGGUGAGCGAGGCGGCGCAACUGGCGCAGCCGCAGCAGUGCGAGUACUGCGGCGAGGUGGAGACGUCCAAGUGGCGCCGCUUCAACCAGGCGGUGGGGGCGCGCGGCAUGAGGCUGCUGUGCAAUGCCUGCGGCGCCCAAGUGCUGAGGGCGCGAGCGAACGGUGAUGACGAGGACGCGGCUCUGUCAAGGCCGCGGAAGCGGGGGCGGGUCAACUAGCAGCAGUACGGUACUUGGCAGGUGUAUGUAGAUGGCGGAGGCUUGGGGGGUUUCUGUGUGUGUGUGUGUGUGUGUGUGUGUGUGUGUGUGUGUGUGUGGGUGCGAACCUGUGGUUGAUGUCGCCGAGCCCGCGACUCUGCGUGGGGUAGUUGGUGCGUGCGGUGCAGUGAUGCAGUGGAGAGCUGCACUGGACUUGUGCCCGGUUGACACCGCGGCUGCAGCGGACAAGGCCGCAGUUGGGACAGUGGCAAACCAGGCGUGCCAGGUGCCGCCUGGCUGGCUGCACGUGCAGCAGAACUUGCGGCUGUGCGCUGAAUGAAUGACAAAAGGCAUCGCACGGGGGAGCAUUGGUUCAUCACGUGACAGUCUGUGACUCUGCGUUUUGGCUGGGGCUGUGCCUUUGAGCCCGCCCAGCCUGCACGAGGUUGUACUGCUUAGGGCGGGUGCCCAGCGGGCUGCUGUGCCGCUACGUACGUAUGUACAGCACAGGUGGGUCUGCAGAGAGAACGAGUUGGCACGUGUGAAUUUGCACCUGAAGCGACAGGUAGGCGGACACACAGCAGCGGGUGAACUGCGUGCGGACCUGCGUGCGGAUGCCCGUGCAUAGGAGGCUAGCUGGCGUUGGAGGCUGGCGUGCUGCGACGCUGUUGGUCGUGCCCAAGGUCGUGCCGUCGCUUCGAAGGGCUUUGUGACAAUCGCGCGCAAGGAAGCCUAUUGUACCUGUUGCUCUGCAUCCGGUUUUCUCAACGCCUGGCGUGAUAUUUGCAGCCUCUUCAGCACUGUUAGGGACCUGGUCGCUUGUUGUU